AACAAAUAAGUGAUAGUAAGAUAUCGGGUAUACUUUUGUUGAUUAGAAUCACUGUAACAUUUCAGUUGCUAACUCCUUUUCUUUUUUCAAUUAAUGGCAUAAGCGACAAAAUGGCUGCUCUUGUUAAAAUUUCAAGACAAGUUCCACAGCUGACCUGUUACACCUGGCCAUGUUUCACAGUCACAACAGAUCUUCCCACUUGGUCGUGCUGUCAUGCACAGAGCCGACAUAACAGCUACAAAGCAGGAAUAGCCCGUGUGAACAAGAAAGACUUUGUUCGUACCUACCCUGUACUAGUAGUCCAGCCUGAUGGGUCUUCAUUAUAUAUUCGAUACAAGGAACCAAGGCAGAUUUUGAGGUUACCCGAAGACCUCACCAAGCUUACAGAAGAACAGAAAGCUGAAAGGCGUCGUAAACUGUACCCAGUGAAGAAGAUUGAAGUGAAAGAAGAAAUUGAAGAUGACUUUGACCCGAAUGAAUAUGCUAAAAUGUUAUAGAAAUAAAAUGGAAAAAAAAUG